UCGCAUUUCUUUGACAAUUAUUCGAGGUAAGUGUGUAGUAAGUCCAAACUAACGGAACCGACUUAAAGCAGACUUGCUGAUUCACAGUCAAUAACAAGAGAAACCAAAAGCUGCAGUUGAAAAAAACCCUAAUAAGAAUGGUGCUUGAAUCUACUGUUGUAUGCGUUGACAAUAGUGAAUGGACAAGGAAUGGUGAUUUUCUCCCAACCCGUAUACAAGCUCAACAAGAUGCUGUGAGCAUUAUAUGUCAUGCAAAGACUCGACAAAAUCCAGAAAAUAAUGUUGCACUGAUGACAUCUGCUGGUCUAGAAGUCCUGGUUACGCUUACAACAGAUGUGGGUAGAAUUUUAUCAAAACUUCACCAUAUACAACCUAGCGGUGAAGCUAAGUUUUCAACUGGAAUUAGAAUAGCUCAUCUUGCAUUGAAACAUAGACAAGGAAAGAAUCACCGCAUGAGAAUCGUCACUUUCGUUGGAAGUCCAAUUGAUGCUUCGGACAAAGACUUAGUCAAGUUGGCAAAAAAAUUAAAGAAAGAAAAAGUAAAUGUUGAUGUGGUUGCACUUGGAGAAGAUACGAGUACAUCAGAAAAAUUGACACAGUUUAUUGAAACUUUGAAUGGUAAAGAAGGCACUGGGAGUCAUUUGGUUGUUGUACCACCUGGGAAUUUAACAGAUGCUCUACGUACAUCCGCCAUCGUUCAAGGCGAGGGUGGAUACACCCCGGCAUCUGAUUUUGGAGGUGGUUUUGAUGUUGAUCCUAACCUGGACCCAGAACUUGCUUUGGCACUCCGUGUUUCCAUGGAAGAACAAAGACAGCGCCAAGAAGAAGAAACUAAAAAAGAAUCUAUAGACACAGCAAUGGAGACUGGUACAGAAGAUGCGGUGCCUGCUGCAACCAAUGAAGAUAACUUACUUAUGAAUGCACUGCAAUCACUUGGUGGCGGAGGUAGUAGUGGUGUCGAUUAUAACGCAAUGACUGAAGACGAACAAAUCGCACUUGCUAUUCAAAUGUCCAUGUCGGAAUCAACAGAUCAGUCUGCGGAGACGAAGACAGAAACUCCAACUGCAAUGGAAAGCGAGCCUGCCACCACGUCAGCUCAACCGAUGGAAGAAGAUCAAGACUACAGCGCUGUGAUGAACGAUCCAGCCUUCUUACAACACCUCGUUGGCAACCUUCCUGGAGUCGAUCCCAAUAGCGAAGCCGUUCAAAACGCCCUGCAAGAAUUAACAAGCGGGCAAGAUGGUAGCGAAAGUAGCGAGAAAGAGAAGAAGGAGGAAGAAAAGAAAUAGAGAGUUUUUUCCACGGGAUUGUUGUUUAGAAUUGUAAUCAAAAUAUUCUUUAACUUUCAAAA